UUUUUUUUCUGAUUGUGUUGCUGUCGUGGUCGUGUUGGAGGGUACACUUAACUGUUAAAAUGCCUGAGCCGGCGAAGUCUGCUCCUGCUCCCAAGAAGGGUUCUAAGAAGGCCGUGACCAAGACCCAGAAGAAGGGAGAUAAGAAACGUAGAAAAACUAGGAAGGAAAGUUACUCAAUUUACGUGUACAAAGUGUUGAAGCAAGUUCACCCGGACACCGGCAUUUCCUCUAAGGCCAUGGGCAUUAUGAACUCCUUUGUAAACGACAUUUUCGAGCGUAUCGCUGGGGAAGCGUCUCGUCUGGCGCAUUACAACAAACGUUCGACCAUCACUUCUCGAGAGAUCCAGACCGCCGUGCGCCUUCUGUUGCCGGGGGAGUUGGCCAAACACGCUGUGUCUGAGGGUACAAAGGCUGUUACCAAGUACACAAGCUCUAAGUAAAGAUAUAUGGAAAGAAUGCUAACAUCUGUAACCCAAAGGCUCUUUUCAGAGCCGCCCACCUAUUCUGUAAAAGAGUUUUAGCACUAAAUCAUGCAGUGUGAUGUUUUAACACAUGUAUUCUAUUCUGCGUUUUUAGUUUCGGUGUUAUUUACUCCAGUUUAAAAAUGUAUUUGCCUUAUUGAGGAACCAAAACCCUCGUAAAUACAAAAAAUAGAAAUGAAAUUUACUGUAUACGAAUACUCAAAUGAUGAAAGUAAAGGUAUGUUAUAAAUA